GAGCGGCGGGCUGCACGGGGCCGGUUAGGAAAGCGAGUAGAGCCCCACAGUUAGCUGGGGCCUGGGAAAGACCCUGCAAAACCCGCCAUCGGGUGGCUUAACCGUCAUCUACUGUUCCGGUUCUCUGGAUGAAGAAAUGUGAGUGCUGAGGUGCCAACACUCCGUUAAUGGUGAUAAGACACAGAGGCUCAUCGCCCCUGAUUUGAACGGUGCCUCGGUUCCGAGCAGCUGGGGGAGUGGGUGUGGAUCUGGUUUCUCCUUGUCACUGUCCAGAUAUUUAAUGUACAGUUCAAUCUGGGGAAAACAGAACCCCCCCCCCCCCAGCAAGUUUUAAAAAUGCGUGCUUCCAAUGGAACAAUGAUGAAAUUAGAGAAUGAGGAAUGCUGAUGUAAUAUACCAUGGAUGAUAUUUGCAUUGUACAAUGUUCACGUCAAAACAGUCCACAAUUACAAUGGCAACGGAGACAGAAAAUGCACGAGCUCUACUUAAAACAUUCAGUACAGCAUCGGUCAUCUCGAGCGUAGGCCUAGGAAUUUUCUGCUUCAUAUCAGAUCAGUGUUUACAAUUUUCUUUAAUACAGAACAAUUACUGGCUUAGGGCUCUUUCAGACAAUGCAGUGCAUGGUGUUAUUGGACUGUGGUCUUGGGCCAUUGUGGUUGGAUUGAGAAAGAAGAGUGAUUUUUAUGAAGUGCUUCUAGCUGGAUUUCUGUCUUCUGUCGUUGAUGUUGAUCACUUCCUUGCAGCUGGAUCCAUGUCUCUCAAGGCUGCGUUGCAUCUGCCACAGAGGCCUGCACUGCACUGUUCUACAGUGAUAGCCGUAGUGGCUUUUUCAAUGAAACUUGCUAUGUGGUUAUUUAGACUUAAAGAUUCUUGGUGUUUUCUGCCAUGGAUGGUGACCAUUUCUUGGGUUUCUCAUCAUGUCCGUGAUGGUGUUCGACAUGGACUUUGGUUCUGCCCCUUUGGAAAUACAGCCCCUGUGCCAUAUUGGACCUACAUAGCAAUUACAGCUUCAUUCCCUCACCUUUGCUCUGUUCUUAUGUAUGUCACAGGUACUAGAGAAACAAUGUCCAUGUCCCAUGGAAUUGCAAUUGAUGUAUAACUGCCUAUGUAAAUUGUGAUUUCUUGUUUAAGCUUACCACACUGAGCUGGAUGUAUUUUCAUGAACUAACUACUGACCAACACUUUUGUGAAACUACUUGUGUAUCAGCAAUAUGCUGUGUAUAAUGUUUUAGGAUAUAGUUUUUUUUCUCUGAUUUAAACAGCUAGAGUUUUUUAAAUUUGUGUUUCAUCACAGUUUCUGUUGUAACGUGAUCAAUGGUUCACAAGACUGUAGCUGUUUAAAUUAACUGCAGUGCAAACAUAUUGUGAUUGAAGGUUAGAAUGAGAUAAAGUUUUAUUAUUUAUAAUUAAAGACACUCAGUUUGGUUGUGCUGGUUUGUUGAAAAUAGGUGAAGAAUUGUUAUAGCAUCAGCCAUCAAUGUGCCAAAUAGGAAAAUAAGUGUCGUAAUUUAUGUACAGUUGAUCUCUUAACAGAAUGAACAUCCUUGCUUGUAUAUUGCUAAAAAGAGAAGGAAGUUAAAGCUUUUUGUCUCCUACUAAUCAGGCGUAGGAUGCAACAAAUAGACUUGGGGAGAAAAGUGACACAAUUAUAUACAGCAUGAGAAGAGAAUGUUGAUUGUGCCACAUUUGGCACAGAGGUGCAGCAAGAACGGUUUACUGUAAAUCUUAAUUCUUAGACUAGGCACUCUAGCUUCUGAUUGGUUUGGGUGUUAGUUUGGAGAUGAAACAGAUUGGCCCCUUUUAUGAAAGGGGAGCAAUGUAUGUACAAAUUCCUUUUUCCUGCAUUGGUCUCCAGUGUAACUAGUCUGAGUAAGCCUCUGAAGUGUAUCUCCCAUUGAUAUUCUCACUGCAUCUCCAUGCCAUAAUGGCCUAACUCUUUUCUCAUUUGUAUUAAAAUGGUGUUUUUUUUUUCCCAAGUCUGUUCUUUGUGUCCUAGUUUCAAUGAAUGUGGUGAAUUUCUGACAGAAAUCUUCAAUUUCUUGUCUCCUUUUAGCAAUGUUUAAGUUCUUUACUGCCAAGGAAUUACCUGUGUUUUAUGGUUACUAAAUUUGUUAUAAUUUCAAAUUAAAAUGAAUUUAGACAAAG